UUAUUAUAUAUUAUAUUUAUAAAAUAUUUUGAUUUAUAAAUUAAUUAAUUUAUAAAUUAUUUUACUACAAAAUACUAAAAAUACAAUUUUAAAAAUAUUAUUUUUAAUCAUAAUUAUUUUCAUAAAUUUUAAUCUAAAUUUAGAUAUUACUUAUUUUAUUUAUAUAUAUAUUAGAGUAUAUAUUAUAUUAUACAUAUAAUUAUUAUUUAUACUCCAAAGGGUAUAGAAAUAGGUAUAGAAAUAUAAAAAAUAAUUAACAAUUAUUAUUAGUUAUUUUUCUUUAAUAAUUAAAUAAUUAUUAUUUUAUGUUAAGUGAAUAAACACAGUUCAUUUUGCUGCUUUGCUGCUGUUAAAAAUAUAAUAUAAAGAUAUAUAAAAAUACAACUAAUUGAGAAAAUGGAUAAGUUUAAAAGGAUGAAUGUAAUAAUGAUAAAAAUUUGCUUCAAAAAACAAAAAUUAUUUUAUUAUAUAAAAAAAUUAUAUUUAUGUAUUUCAUGUAACAGCAUACAAUUUUCAUAGUAAAAUUAUAUAAUUUUUAUAAUAUAUAUAAGAAGUGAUAUUACAAAUCGUAAUAUUACUAGUAUUUAAAUAAUUUAAUUCAUAGCAUUUAAAUGAUUUAAAGAUAAAAAUAUUUUCAAAACAGAAUAAAAGUAAUAAAAUAAGAAGAAAUUUUUUUUUAUUAAUAAGAAUUUAGGAAUUUAAUAAACUAAUUAAAAUUAAAAAUUAAGAACUUUUAAUUACUGAUUAAUUUAUAUUGAUUAUGAAUCAUAUAAUAAUUGAAUAAUUAUAAAUAAUAAAGAAAAAUAGAGAAAAAGAGCUAAUUUUAUAAUUUAAUAAAUAAAUAAAAAUAAUUUUAAACAGAAAAUUAAUUCUGUAAAAUAAAAAAUUUAAAAGUAUUGGAUUAUUUAUUGGGGCAAUAUUUUUAUUAUAAUUACAUUCAUUUCAUCGAACUAUGCAAUCAUCUUUCUCGUUGAUUACCCUUUGAUGUGUUCAGUCUAGUGGAGAUAUACAUUACAUUUAAGAUGUUUAUAUAUCUUUAAAAAUCUACGAUUUUUUUGCUACGAAUUUCAUAAUUUGAGUGAAUUAUGUGUAUAAGAUAAAUAUCGAUAAAAUAAAAAUUAUUUCCCUAACAUUUAAUUUAUAAUAUUUAUUAAAAUUUGAAAUAUAGAAUUAAUAAAAAAAAAAGAAUAGAUCUGUUUGAAGUUUUUAAUUUUUUUCACCGUAGCCGUUAUCACGGAUAAGUAUUUAAGAAAAUGAUAAUAAAAGAAAUCAUAGUAUUAGUAUAUGGAAAGUAAUAUUGGUAAUAAUUAAAAAAAAUAAAAAUUUUUUUUAAAUAUAGUCUUCUAUUGCGCCUAUCAUAAUACCAAGAAUUUCAAAUUAUUCAUUCUACUGUGUCUCUAGAAUGUUAUAAAUGAUUCUGCAUCAAGUUAUAUUCUAUAAUAUAUCUUGAUAUAUAUAUAUAUAUACAUACAAUGUGUUAAAAAUUAAAUUUAAUUUAUUCAAAAUCCUUAUAAUUUAAUAAGAAUUAAUUAUGUAUAUUUUUAAUAUUAAAAUUACCACAUUAUAGUUACAAUGAGUCUGAUAAUGAAUUCCUAGAUUUUAUUUGGAAUUUAAAACAUUUUUUUACAUAAAAUAUUCUAUAUUAUUAUUUAAAUGUAAUUAAAAUUUUUGUUAUUAUUUUUUUAUAAAAUUUUGAAACAUAAACGAAUUUUUCUGCGUAUAUAUAAAUACCCAUAGAGAAAAAAGUUAAAAUUACUUAAUAUUUAAUGCGCAAAUUUGAAAAUGUUUUUAUAAUUAUCACAAUUUACAUUAAUUAUUAUUAAAAAUAUUAAUAUAAUAAAUACAAUUUUUUAUUAUAUAUUAUAUAUUAUUUUUUGAAAUUAUGAAAUCAAUAAUAGAGAAAUCAUGAAAAGAAAUAAUGAUAAACAUCGAACUAACAUACUAAGUUAUGAAUUAUCUUUGAUAAUUAUUAGGUAUUGAGAUAAUUGAAUGCAAAAGAAAAACAAAAAAAAAAGAAUAUAAGAUGAUGAAACGUAAUAUUUUAUAAUUUGUUGUAAUUUUAAAUAAAAAUAUAUCCAAACUUUUUUUUGCGAGGAAAACAAUUAUUCAUUUCCUUAUAUGUGUAUAUAUAGAGAAUUCAUGAGUAAUAAUAAAUUUUUUAAUUAAAUUUAAAUAAAACAGACAUGAUAUGAUUUUACAUAGUAUAUAAUGUAGAAAUAAGAUACAGUUGUAAAAUCAGCACUUUACAAAUAAUAUUACAUUUUAAAAAAACAAAAGUAUACAUAUAAAAGCCAUAUUCAGAUAUACGUAUCCACCUGUAAACAAAUUCUGUAAAAAUCAAAAUCUCUCUUCUCGUAAUCAUAAUUCGUGUGUUCAUUAAAUUCGACUAUAUCUUGAAAAAAAUGUGUUCAUUAUAUAAUAAAUCACUUUCUAUAUGCAUACAGUCACUUAAUGAAAAAAGGUACAAGCUGGACUUAAAAUAAAUUUGAGAAAUGUUCAAGAUUCAAGACUCUUGUAGUUCAAACGGUACAAAAAUUUGAAUUAUUUAAUUGUUCAUCUAAUGAUCAAAAUAUUGUAAUAUAUUUAUCUAAAUAGAUUUAGAAUAAUGUCUUUAUUGCUUAUUUGUUAAAUAUUAUAAAAUAAUAUAAGUUGUAUUAAAAUAUUUGUGUCACUAGGCUAUCAUUUAAUUGUAAUAAAUCAGUACUUUACAUAAAUUAUUCGUUAACUACUCUUUGUUAUAUAUACAAGGUGUUAAUAUAUUUAUUAUUAAUUAAUUAUGGGAUACCUUUGAAAGGUCAAUUUUAGAGAUUAUAAAUAUAAAAAUUAGUUUACAAAAAUAUUAGUUCAGAGUUACUUAUUAAAUUAUAAAUAAUUCAAGUUUCUCUUAAAAACGAAGCAGAAUUAGGGCGAAACGGCGAGAUAGAACUCUCACUUUAUAACACCCUGUAUAUACAUAUACAUAUAUAAUUUUACAUUAAUUUAUUUACUUUAUUGAAUUAUUGUAUCAUUGUAUGUAGGUAAUUUAAAAGAUAAAAUUUGUUAAUAAAAAAAAUACUUUAGAUAUUAAUAAAAAAUUUUAAUAUAAUUUGGUAUUAAAAUUUUAUAACAUAAUAAUAUAUAAUUUAAUAUAAUAUUUCUAAAAUUGGAUAUUAUAACAUUAUUACAUGUAAUAUUUUAUUAUUUUUAAAUUUUAUAAUUUUAUAAAUGCAUAUAUAAAAAAUUUUCAAAUUUGAAUAACAUAUAAAAUUUAAUAUAAAAAUUUACUAUAAAAAUAUAUAGAUAAAAAUAUGUACAUACACAUGAAAUUCGAAAAUUUCAUAUGAUAUAUCAUCAUGCAUAUACUAUACAUCAGCGUGACACCAUUUAGAUAUAAUAUACUAGAUAAUAACUAGAUAAUAAUUUAAUAUAUUUAAAUUUUCUCUCAAAAUUUAUACAUAUCAAUCGUAUUUUAUUAAGAACUAUGUUGUUAUAAUACAUUUUUUAUUAACAUUCUUCUUUUUUAAGCAACUUAAAUAAAAUAAUCAUAGGUAUUUUUAACAGAAUACGUUACUUCCAAAAGGAUUACUUACAUAAAACACUCGCGUGUACACACAUGCGCAGACAUGCCUAACCUUCAAUACAUAUUUUUUCCAUUAAGGUACAUAUGUAAUAUUUGAAAUAAAUGAACAAUAUGGGUAUACAUAUUUAACGAUCGAUAAACAAUCAAAUUAUUCCUUCAAAUUAUACUCGGAAAAUAUUUUCAUGUGUUACAAGUGAAUAUAGUUUACAAGUGAAAAUAAAAGAUAAAGUCAUAAAGAAUUAAUGUAUAAAAUUAAUAAUUGACAAGAGAAGAAAAAAUAUUUUAAUUUCGGUGAAAGCUAAAAAAUAAAAAAGUAAAACCAAAGAACGCAAUAAUGAGUGUUUGUUUUCCAGUUCUGUUUCGGCAUUCGCUUAAAACGUAAUCAAGUACACCAAGAAUUGUGACGGAUUACGAUCCAUCACGAUAGUCAGAAAUAGGCAAGAGGAGCAAAGAGGACACGUAAAAGAUGGCGGAAGCCGUUGUAGACGGGGCAAUGUCCCGAUUUUUUUGUCACAAAUGCAGUAUCGAAAUUGAACGUUUAUUACCUGAUUACACAUGCCCAAGAUGCUCAAGUGGUUUCAUAGAGGAAUUGGAAAGUGACAGCAGUGAUAGUGGAUCUGGAAUGCACAUCAAUAGUGACAUAGAUGAUCUUUGGGAACGCUAUGCAGAUGUUCCUCUGAGGGGGGAAUAUGAGAUGGAAUUUUCCAAUCAAUUUGAAACACCAGUUAGUUCUAGCAGAAAUAAUGGUCCUGCUGGUAGAAGACGAGUUCAUUGGUCACGUAAUGCCCAAGAUACACGUCGCUCUAAUAGCAGUCGUGGAAGACAGGAAGUAGUUCCUGUAUCUGUAGAGAACUUCAUACAAGAUUUUAUACUUAAUCUCUCAGAAGGAGUAGCACAAGCUGCACAACUACCUGUAUUCAAUAUUAGACUGUUCUUGGGAAAUCCUGGAGAUUAUGUUUGGGGUCAAGAUGGCUUAGAUGCGAUUGUAACACAAUUAUUAAAUCAAAUUGAUGGAACUGGACCACCUCCUUUACCAAGAAAACAAAUUGAUGAAAUACCAACUGUAACUGUGAAUCAAUAUCAUGUUGAUAGUAAACUUCAAUGUUCCGUUUGUUGGGAAGAUUUCAAACUUUCUGAACCAGUUAAGCAACUUCCUUGUUUACAUCUAUAUCAUGCACCAUGCAUUGUACCAUGGUUAGAAUUGCAUGGUACUUGCCCUAUUUGUAGACAGCAUUUGGGAAGUCAGAAUUCAACCGAAGUACAUCAGGAUAAUACCGUAGGACGUAGCUUAGUCGCUCUCUUUAGGGCAACCAAUGAAUCGAACAAUACUAGAACAUCAUCAACUUCAUCCUCGAGUGGUAAUAAUUCCAGUAGUAACUCGUCGAGUGAGAUUUGAGAUUGAUUAUCACGACUUAUUAUUUUCUCUACCUAGCAGGACACACAAAUAUACACACACAACACGCAUCUAUUUUUCACUUUUUUCAAAUUUGUUUUCUGGCACUAUUCAUUUGAGCGAUGCUCAUAUAUACUUCAUCAAUAUUGUAUCUCGAUACUAAUAUAAAUUUCAAGCUUUAUACUUCAAUUCAUGAUGUAAUAUGAAUCACACAAAAAAUAAUGCAGUAUCAAAUUACAACUUGCAUGUGUUGCUUUGCUUGAAUUAUAAUGAAAUAUGAACAUUAAAAGUUAAAGAAAGACGUGCGUAUUUAUAGUUGAAAUAAUCCUUAUUGCUAUAUAUAUGUAUAUAUUUAUUUAUGCGCGCGCCCAGACAUUAUUUUAUAAUUUGCAAAAACAUGCAAUUCAUGGAAUUUUCUAAACAAAUUUGUCCAAAAUUUAUAUAAGAAGAGAAUGUAUGUUUCUUUAUAAAAAUUUAAAUUUGGAUGUUUAAUAAAUUUAACAUAACACAAUGAUGUUUACAAAAAGAAAAAAAAAUACACUGUAACAUAAUCUAAGCGUAGGAAGUGUGUUAUACAUAAAAAUAAUAGAACAAAUAUUAGUGGUUUUAAUUAUGUACAGUUUAACUGAACAUUUAUGCACGUGAUUAGAGCAUCAAAUUCAUAUUCAGCAUACUUUUUUCAUUUAUAUGAUUUUAAUUUUUGAUGUCACUUAAUUAUAUCAUAUUUCUUUGAGUUUAAAAAUUGUUAAAAAAUUAGUCAUAUUAUUCUUAUUUACAUAGUUUUCUUGAUGUUCGCAUCAAUAUUGCUUUAUAAGGAGUCACUCAUAUUUUAUUUUGACUAUUAAUAAAUAUUCAAUUUAGUUAUAUAUAAUACUGAUGCAUAAAGUAUACAAGAAUAAGCUGUAAAACAAGAUUAGUUAAACAAAAUUACAAAUUACAAAAAUCCAAUGAAAAUUAUGAAAAAUAGGAAGGUAAAUGAGCUAUAAUAUUUGUGUUUGAAGUUGUAUUUUAUUUUUCUUAAAAUGGUUGUAUAUUACGCUAUAUAAUUUAUGCUACUCUCUUUUUAUCAUAAAAUCAUACAUAAAUAUAUCAACUAUUAGUAUAGUAUUGUUUAUUUAUAUUCAAAUUUCUACAGGUUUGGUACAGAUGCAAAUUUGAUCGUCCAUAAUUCACAGUUGGUAAUUAAAAUAUAUUAGGUAUAAUAAUAUGGUAGAUAAUGUGAAUAGCAUUUAGAUACGAUUACGUAUCAUGUUAAACUUUAUAGAUUCCAAUAUAGUAUACAAUUCAGGUAAUAAUUAUCUGCAAUAUGAAUAAACAAACACUAUUUCGAUUUGCCAUAUUAUAUAGUAUGUAAUAAACUUUAAUGUUGUUGUUCUUAUAGAUCAGUGAAAUUUAAUUUGUUUCCAUGAUAUGUAUAACAAAAUACAAAAAAUCAUUAAUUUUUUGUAUUGUCUGUUUUUAAAUAUAAUGAGUGGGGAAAAUGAAAGAUUGUAAUUAAAAAAAAAAAGAAGAUUGUAUUCAAUUUACAUAAUUAAAUAUUACUUAAUUGCAAAAUAAUUGUAAACAAGCUUGAUAAUAAAUAAAUGGUUUUUGUUUAGAAAA